CACAUCCAAAAUGUGGAAUGACAUUGAGCUUUUAGCGAAUGAUGACACUGGUAGUUGCCGCCUCAAUAUUGAUUCACGACAGGAAAGUGGAACUGCUUUAUACCAAGUGGACACACUUCUCAAGAUCUCAUCGUCAGAGCAGGUGUUAUCCAGCCCCAAACUUUAUGCCUGCAAUUCAAGUGAAGGAUGUAUAGUUGUCGCAGACAGAUCUGUAUCACUUCUUGACAGUAUAUGUCAGUCUCUGCUUCUACAGCUACAGUUUGAUACUGAAGUAGAUGUUGUUGGCCUGUGCUGUGAAGGACAAUUUCUUUUAGUUGGUGAAAGAAAUGGCAAUAUUCACCUCAUUCAUGUACAAUCUAGGCAAAUACUAAUUACAAAGGCAUUGAUCCAGGGUGUUCCAAAACCCAAUUUUCAAACUUAUCAAAAGUUGUUGAUAGAAAGAGACACAUCUGAUGAAGGAGUGUAUAAUAUAUUUGUUCUGACAAAUGGAGGACUCUACUGCAUUAUGUACUUCCAUCUUGAGAGGAUUAAUAAGGCAAUUGAGACUAUGGAUGUUGGUUCCGCAAAAGAGUUGGAGGGGAAAAUAAAGACCUGCUUCAUCUCUACAGAAGAAUAUCACACAGAUGGCUGUUUGAAUUUGGUUAUUGGAGAUCUGACAAGUGACAUCCAUCUAAUUAUAGGGGGUAAAGGUGACUAUGUUCUCUCUAAAUGGAAGAUGGAUCCUGUCCAAAAGCACAUAGCUGUUCAAAAUCUUGAAGAUUCAAGUAUCAUAAGAGGAGCAAGAAAGUUUCAGGUGUUGGACAAUCUGCUUUUUGUUUUGGAUGAAGAUGAUAUUCUCAGUGUAUGGGAUGUUUAUACCCUCAUUUUGAUUUGGGACUGGCCAACCUGUCGUAUAUCAGAUUUUCUUCUAACUACAGAAGGAGAUUCUUCCUCUUCAGUUACAUGCCGAAGAGAUACAAACCUUAAACUGAUAGCGCUGACAUGUCCUAAUGAAAAACAGUUGAGAAGCCUUGCAGUUUAUUCCUUACCCACCAUGAAUCAUUUGUACUCCGUUGAAGUAUCUGAUGUAGCAACUCUUGUUCAAACUGGGAUCAGUAUGGAUACAAUAUACCUCUUGGAAGGAAUACGUGACAGCCAUGAAAGGUCACCGGACUCUCCUGUCUCAGUCCUUGCAUUGAGAUGCUUAACAGAAGCAUUACCUGAAAACAGGUUGAGUCGCUUACUGCAUAAGCAUAAAUUUGAGGAAGCAGAAAAGUUUGCUAUUCAGUUUGGGCUGGAUGUUGAGCUCGUUUAUAAAGUCAAACUGAAUAUUGUCUUAGAGAAAUUAGCAUCUGCAUCCAUUGGAAGCUAUGGCCAAAUCUUAUGGCAGGAGCUUGUGGAUGAAGCGAAACAGAAUCUACAUAAAAUAAAGGACGAUAAUUUUGUGGUGGAGUACUGUAUCAAUGCUCCAUGGCCAACAUAUGAAACAACUUUUGAUAUGCUAAACUAUGCCAAAACAAGGGUUCUGAAGAAAGAUGAGAAGACAUUGCCCGCAGUGUCAGAGGAGAUCUCGGUGUCCAUCACAGAUGUCCUGAAAGCCCAGGCUAGGCUAACUACAUUUUAUGGUGCAUUUGGUCCUGAGAAGUUCAGUGGCAUUGCUUGGAUAGAAUUCCUGAACAAUGAAGAUAUUUUAAAAGAUAUAUUUUAUCAAUUAGAAGAGCUGAACUUGCCAUGUGCACAGUAUCUGUGGCUGAGACAUCAGGCAGAAUUUGAAAGCAGUUUUAAUGAGAAGACACUAGAGAAUCUCCUUAAUAUGAUACCUGCAAACAUUCCUUCACAAGAAUUGUGUCUUUGGUUUAAGAAUGUCUUGAUUCCGUUUGUGAGGAGGGUUGUUCCUAAAGGACAGAAAAUUAUGGCAAAAUGGCUUGAACACAGAGCACGAGGCCUAGAGCUGACCGAUAAGGCUAACUGGCCAGAGAACGGGUACCAAAUGGCUGAAGUGUAUUUUGUAUCUAAGAAUCCUGCUGACCUUGGUAUAGCUUCUUCCUGGCUUUGGGUUCCGUUGAAAGAAGAUGGUGACUGUGAGGAAGUGCAUCAGUUAAUGAACCUUGUCACAAGUUUACAAGAGUUAGUGGACCUGUACAGGAAGUACAAUUGCAGACUUGCCCUGUCUGACUUUGAAAAGGAAACUACAACUACUAUUGUAUUUCGAAUGCUGGAUAAAGUUUUGGCCCCAGAGCUCAUUCCUUCAACUUUGGAAAAAGUAAUACGGCCAUAUAUGUAUCACCACAACCUUCAAGAGGAGGAACUUUUACUUCAGUACAUUAAGGAUUUGCUGGAGCGCUGCAGUUCCCGAUCUGCAUCUUUGUUUGAAACUGCCUGGGAAGCAAAAGCAAUGGCUGUACUAAGCUGCAUGUCAGACACAGAUCUAAUAUUCGAUGCAGUGCUCCAAAUCAUGUAUGGUGCUGUUGUUCCCUGGAGUGACACAGUGGAGCAGCUGGUGAAACAACAUUUGGAAAUGGAUCACCCCAAGGUGAAAUUACUGCAAGAAAGUUACAGACUCAUGGAGAUGAACAAGCUUCUACGUGGUUAUGGAAUAAGAGGCUUUAACUUUGCAAACGACAAACAGAUAAUGGGUCUUGCAAAAUAUAUUCUCAAACAAGAUUCACCUUCGUCUUUAGAAGAUGCCUUAAAGAUUGUCCAGGCGUAUAUGCUGCCAACUGUAGAGGUGUACAUUUUUCGGAUGGUGCAGUUGAUUUACAUGAACAGGGGAGAGGAAUGUCUGAACCUUCUGAAGUCUCUUUCUCCCGCUGAAACAGAUGUAACAGUUGAAAGACUUUCCUUAUGGGCAAGAAUAGCCUUACAAGAGAGUCCGGGCAAUGCUGAAGAGUGCAAAGAAGUUCAGAAGUUAAUAGCAAAAGCUCUUGUUGAGAUUUUAAAGUUCCAACUGUGUGUACACAGAGGUAGUCUUCUGAAGAGGGAAAUUUUUGAAACCAAUUUACAGAUGUUUGAGGCAAUCUCUAGUUUACAGGAGGAUUUUGACAUUUUCCUUUCACUAGAAGAAUAUGAAAAUCGGUCGUUGAUGUCCCAACUCAGAGAUGAACACAUUAGAGCCUAUGAGAGUACAAGAUCAAAAUCUAAAUCAGAGAAGACAACUGAGCAAGCCACAGCCAUUGAUGAGAAUGCAAAAACCCCAUCCACUGAGUCCCGGCUGUAUCGGCUGGCAUUGCUUCUGCAGGUUACAGAGCAGGAGCUGGGAGCAGAACUGGCCUUAAGGGCUUUGGGACAAGGAAAAGUUGAGAAAUCACUGCAGAUAUGCAGAGAUCUGUACGAACAUCAUUGCAAUCCUCAAACGGGCCAUUUAGUGUAUUUAGUGUCCCAAAAACUGUGUCAGAUGCUGGAAGCAAACACGCCAAUGGUGAUUCCUCCAGGAAUGAACCUGCCAGCUGUAAUCUAUCAACUGUCUUGCCAGGCCUCAACAAUAUGCAGUCCAGACCUUUUGCUAGAUGCCUUGGAAUUGUGUAAAUAUACACAAGUGGCAAUGGAGUUUUACAGACAAUGCCAGAUCGAAGACUAUGGCUUUAUAACAAAAAGUGCUACUUUUGGAGCAGAUAGAGACCAGUAUGAAGAGUGGACCUAUGAUGAUUUCUUCAGUGAAGAUGGCAUUGUUCUUGAUCCACUUAUUGUUUUACCUGUGACCUAUGACAUAACAACUGCUGUGGUGCCAAGCACUGCCGGUAGAAAAAUGUACCCUUUGGAUUGUGCAAGUCUGGCAAACUCCCCCUUCAUCAAAGGGCAAAAUUUACUUCUUCCUGCCAAAACUCCGAUAACGGCAUUGUUGGAAAAUCUGCAGGAAUGUAGCCAAUGUGAGCUUACCUUAAACCUGGUGGUAAAAGCCUUUGGAACAUGUCUCCAACAUGGUGUGUCAAACAACAUGGAUAAUUCUUUGAGUUUAAAGUUACAUGAUGAAAAAUUGCUAGUGGAAAUCAAAACAUUUAUUUCUGCAUUUGGAGAAAAGACAGUAACUCUAAUUAAGAGUACGGCAAUGGCUUUACUGCACAAGGUUUUUAAUUGUCGUAUUGUGGAUUGUGAUCUGGCAUUGGGUUACUGCACACUACUUUCCAAAGAGGAAGUAUUUGAAAAGCUUUGGGAUAUUAUAAGCAACACUUGGCAAAAUUACAACAAGGUCAUGGCUGUUGCUGUGGUUGGAGCACAACUUGCCCUUCUGUAUCAUGAAGAUGAAGAAAGGAAGAAGUUCCAAGAACUGAUUACUGAUGCUGAGUGGGGUAUUCGACUUGGAAAUUUUGGAGUAUCCUUCCAGUCGGUCUUUAGACAGAGUUCCGAGAAGAAGAAAGAGCUACUUAGCACAUUAGUUCAAAACUCAAACGUGGACACAGCGCUCAUUUUGAAGUACUGCAGCACAUUUAUGCUGGAUUGUGAUGCUGCCCUCCAGCUUUACAUUGAAACCCUACUGUUGUCUGGUUCAAACCUCAAGCGUGGUGAUGGUGAUUUUACCCUGGACUCCAACCAGUGCUUUAGCACUGAACUAGUAUUGAAGGCAAAACAAAUCAUUCCUCUGUUACAGUGCACCCAAGACUUGGUUGUUAGUCUCAGUGCAAUACUGCACAAGCUGGAUCCAUAUGAUUAUGAAACAAUUGAAGGAGUCUUACAAGUUGUAUUCGCAGCAGAUGAGAAGAACACCAAUAUUCAGCUGAACCAGGCUUUAGGUCUAAUUAAUCAUCUAAAAUCUUACAAGAGGAUCUCCCCUCCUGUUGAUUUGGAACACCAGUACAUAUUGGAACAUGGAAUUGCAAUGUCAAGUCACGCUCAGACAAGACUGCCCUUUCAUUUGCUCUUCUUUUCAACCGCAUCAAGCUUUUGGGGAAUUAUAUCUGCAGAGCUAAGUGAGGAAUCGUUCCCUACUCUUCUGUUAAUUUCGAAGUUAAUGAAGGUUUCUUUGGAUACUUUGUACAUGACAGCAGUCAAGCAUAUUUUUGAGAAGCAGUUAAGACCUAAAGCACUGAAGAUGAAAAAAAAUGAAUGUGCCUCAAUUUUAACCAAGGAAACCGCUAAAACGGUUAUGAUCAUCCAGUCUUACUUACAGUCCAUCAGUAAUCCAGAGUGGGCCGCAGCAAUUGCUCACAGGAUUGCUCAAGAGCUCCCAACCGGUCCUGAUAAGAUCCACGCACUAAAAUUUUGUCUCUGCUUGGCUGAAAAGUGGAAAAAUAAUAUAUCCCCUAAGGAAGAAGCCUAUGAAAGAGCUGAAGUGUUAAUAAAAAAACUUAGUGUGCAAUAUCAACGAUCAGCAACAGAGAACAUUCUGAUUACGCACAAGCUGGAUACGACAGAGUUCCUGAAACUGAUUGGAAAGCCUGCUAAUCUCAUCGUAUCUCUCUACGAGCACAGCAGUGUUGAGAAAAGAAUACGGAUUCCUACAGGCAGAGAUUAUCCAGAUAUUCACUCAGCAGCAAAGCAAAUAUCUGAUGUAAACAACAUGAAUAUGAGCAAAAUCCAAAAUGUUCUUCUGGAGAAGUGGCUCUGUCCUGUCGCUUUGCCCCAAGCUGAUAAAAACAAAGAUGCCUUUGGGGAUGUUCAAGGCGACGAAGACCUCAGAAGAGUCAUAUACCUCCUUCAGCCAUACCCAGUAGACCACAGUUCAAGAAUUUUGUAUGCAGUUGCAACAUCUGCUACAUCUCCCAUUGGGGACAACCAAUUAACAUUUGCUCACAGAAGUCGAGCCCUUCAGUGUCUUAUCCAUUUAGCCGAUACUGAUACAGUGGUGUCUCUCGUCAAAAAACCCAUUGACCAAGUAAAGUAUUAUCUUAAGUGCUGCAUCUAUCUAUCAGAGUUUGAAAUCUUGAACAUUCCCUAUACCCUUGAAUCAUUUCACAGCAGUCCAAAAGAAGGAAUGAUUAAAGGGUUGUGGAAAAACCACAGUCAUGAACCCAGGGCUGUACGCUUAGUGACAGAACUCAGUUUAGAAUACCAUGUUUAUGAUCCUCAACUUUGGAGUGGAUUACUGCAAAAAUUACUUGGAUUUAACAUGAUGAAUUACCUAAGAAAGGUUUUAGCUGCAAUUACUGGUGUGCAGUGCCUUUGGGAGAUACAGAACUUCAGCAGAGCAUGGCGCACAGUAAUUUUGGCUCCAUUCAUAUCUGCUUCAUGCCCACCCAGCCCUUCCCAGGUUGAAGAAUGUUACCAGGGUUUUCUGCUUCUCCUUAAAUGUCCAGUGUUAGCGGAUCUGGAUCUUGUUGGUAUUGCCAAGCAGUAUGCACAAGUGGAUCUUCCGGCCUUUACUUUGGGGUGCCUUUUGUUAAUCCCGCAUGUGCAGAAAAGAGAGCAACAAAUUCAGGGCUUCCUGUCUUCGUGUAAAUCAGAGACUGUUUUACAGCAAGUAACUGAGUACAUGAGCACAGGUGAAGUGGCAGGCUUUGCUUCUCAGAUUAAAGAUCUAAUAUUGGACAACAUAGUAGAAAGGAAGCAGUUUGAAAAGAUUGUAAAGACCAAACAUUUUAAUUUAUUGAAACUGCACUUAUUCCGAUCCAACAGAGUAAGAGAAUUGGCAGAUUAUUUUGUACACAGGAACUGCCUUGAUGAUGCAGCUGAAAUUGUAACAGAAUAUCUCAAGAGCUGUGGAAAACCUUUCCCAAGAAACUCGACUUCUCUUGACAUUGUACAGGCAUUUUUAAGUGGACAUGCAUAGGUAAUCUGAACAUAAAAACAAAAUCCUGGAGUCUUCCUGUGGCAAGAUCGUCCAAAUGUUAAUACAUAAAAUUUACUUGGGUUGUAGGGGGUUAUGUAUGAGAAUUUAUGGUGCAAACUGGAAAAUGAUAACUCUCUUUUACUCUAUUGCAUUAGUUGCCAUGAUGCCAUGACCUCAUGACCUUUUCCCACUUUGUCCCAUGAUUUUUUCUUUUAACCCCUAUUGUUUCACACUCUGUUUGCACACGUUUCUUUAGUUUUGUAACUGUUAAAGCCACAUUUACCCAAACAUAUUUUGCUUGACAAUGAGAUUGCAUAAUAUGUUUAACAUUGUAUCAUAUUAAUGUAUUUUCCAUGUGUAUAAAAUAAAAGAAUAAUUGCAA